AUGGGCCCUUCCCGCCGCGUUUCUGGAGGUGCUCGGCCUUCUGGCUUGCUCCUUUCCCCACAAGAACUCCAGAAGCAGCGGCGCCAUCAGCAGCGCUCUAUCGCAUCAUUCUUCUCGCCCUCAAGGGCUUCAAAACAAACCGUCACCGCCACGCAUGACUCAGUUCCAGUAACAGCCGCAGAGGACGCCCAACGAUUUGAUAAGAAUGAUGGGAGCAUCCUUGAUUCUCCCAAUGGACGUGCUCGGAAUUGCAAGGCCUCGGCCAGUUCGGUGGCUAAUCGAAACGCCCGUCGCGUUUUAAAAUCUGCGGUAGGAGGAAAGGGCGGAGGUUGUCGAGGAAGCGUCGUGCACGCGGAUGCGCGCAGAAGCAACUCCGAAGAAUCGAAGGAGGACGAGCUUCUAUGGACCGACGACGCAGCUGAAGAAAUCAAGCGACUCGGAGACGAGCGCGGGGCCAAUCCGCGCAAGGUGGCGCUUCAAAUCCCUCCACUGGCGGACGGACAGACCAAUGCAGGAGGAGACGACGUCGUUGCUCUGGCGACGGAAGGCCACGGCGGAAAAACCGCCGUGAAGGCGGAGGAGGCGGCGGAGGGGGCGGCGGAGGAGAAUGCGCAAGGAGAGGCGGAUGUGGCGGGCGGGGAAGGCUCGCUCUCGAUGGCCUCUUUAGGGUCGGACUUGUCCGGUUCGCUGCUCCCCGCGGGCAGGUUGCGGAGUCUGCGGCGGCGUCCGGGGGGCCGGAGUAACGUUGGGGGUUCCCAGGAGAGCGGCGGCGAGCUGGUAGAACAAGCGACGCAUGGCGACGCACGGGGCGAUGCGGUGAUGCACGGGGGAGAGUUGGCGGGAGAGGGGGUGAGAGGAGGCGGAGGAGGCAUAAGACGAGACGAGAUAAUGAAGGAAACGAGUGGAAAGACCGCGACUUUGCCGGCCGGUUGGAGCAGUAAGGGAACACGAGGCAAAGGGACUCGGAAGCGGGGACGGGAGGAGGCUAAUAACGAGGAUGGGAAGGGCGAGGAAGGAGCGCGUGCAGUGGGGAGGAGGGUGGAGGUGUACUGGCCGGAUGAUGCGGCGUGGUAUGCGGGCAUGGUGGCGGGUUAUGAGGAGGAAACGGGCAGACAUGAGGUGUUAUAUGAUGAUGGGGAGAGCGAGAUGGUGGUGCUGGCGAAGGAAAAGGUGAGAUGGGUGAGGGGCGCUGGUGGUGGCGUGGCGACGACACUUGGUGCGCGGAAAAAGGAGGUUGGCGGGAGACGGGGAGCGGAGGAUGCGGAGGCGGAGGCGGAGGGUGGAGAGGCUGGAGAGAGAGGCAGUGGUGGGGGAGGAGGUCGGGGGAUAAGCAAGCGGGAGAAGGAUGGUGGAGAGCGGACGGCUGGAAAGGGGCGUGUUGUGGCUGAUGAGAUGGGGGCGAAAGUCGUGGGCAGCGCAGUGGGGAAAAAGGUACAGGCGCAAGGAGCGACUGGGGAGAAGCAGCACGAGGAGGCAGCAGUCGAGUCUUCUGAUGAAGAUGAUGAUGAGGAUGAAGAGGAGGAGGCGGAGGAGGAUGGAGAUAGUGAGGAAGAGGACUGGCUGGAAGAAGUCAAGAGGAAGGGCAAGAAGGUGGAGGAAGAGGAAGAUGAUGACGAUGAGGAGGAGGAAUUGGAGGAGGAAGACGAGGAAGGAGGGUCUGUGGAUGGAACUGCGAGCGAUGAGGAGGGGGAGGAGGAGGAGGAGGAGGAGGAAAUGGAGGAUGGGAGGAGGGGCAAGAAGGCAGGUCCGGGAGGUGGAAAGAAGGGCACUUCGCCGAGUGGCCGUGGGGGGGGUACUGCAGGCGAGGGCAAGGAGAAAGUGGCAGAAGGGAGGAAAAAGGGGAGUCAGGGGGAAGGAGGGUGUGAGGGGCUGGGCGGAGCAGCAGGGGGCGUGACAGAUGCAGAGCGAUCGGCCAUUCGCAAGGCGAUGCUUGGAGCGGGUCUGUUGCCCGAGCUAGCAGGAGAGGCGGCGCAGCGGUUCAGUGGGCGCAUGGAGGCCAAGUUCGACUUCCUCUUCCGGAAUCGCAGGGACGGCGUGCGGCGGCCACCGUCCCAUCCGGACUAUGACCCCACCACUCUCUUCCUGCCAGAAACCUUCCUUAAGAACCUAUCCGAGGGGCAGCGGCAAUGGUGGCAGUUCAAGGCAAUGCAUCUGGACAAAGUGUUGCUAUUUAAGAUGGGCAAGUUCUACGAGCUCUUUGAGAUGGAUGCGCAUGUGGGCGCCAAGGACCUCGACCUGCAGUACAUGAAGGGCGAUCAGCCGCACUGUGGCUUUCCAGAGAAGAACUAUGCCGAGAAUGCAGAGAGACUGGCGCUGAAGGGCUAUCGAGUGGUGGUGGUGGAACAAGUAGAGACCCCCGAGCAGCUGGAGCAGAGGCGGCGCGCCACAGGCAGCAAGGACAAGGUGGUGCGGCGGGCCGUGUGCGCCAUGGUGUCCCGCGGCACCCUCGUUGACGCUGGCAUGCUCUCCGCCUCCCCUGACUCCUCUCUCAUCCUCGCCCUCACUGAAUGGCCCGCUGCCGCCGCUCCUGCUGCUGCCGCUGCUCCCGUUGCUGCUGCCGCUGCCGCCGCUGCUGGUUCUCCUGCGGGGGAGGAGAGGGAGGAGAGGGAGGAGAGGGAGGAGGAGGAGGGGGGAGCAGCAGCGGUGGUGAUAGGAGUGGCGGUGGUGGAUGCAGCGACAGGGCAAUUCUCCCUGGGUCAGUUCCCAGACGACUCGGCUCGCACGCGCCUGUGCUCCCUCACAGCUGAACUCCGUCCCGUAGAGCUCGUUUUGCCUCGGGUCCCUGCCUCCUCCCAUCACUCCUCUUCCUCGUCGUCUGCUGAUAAACCCACCGCUGCUGCCCCUUCAGUGCCCCCCUCGCCGUGCCCCUCGCCUGCCACGCUGCGGGCGCUCUCGGACGCGUGUCGGCAGCCCCUGUGGAACUGGAGGGAGCGGAUAGACGACUGCUGGGCGCCUGACGCCACAGCUGCAUGGCUGCAGCGCUUCUAUGCCCCGGAAAGAGAGGGUGGUGGUGGCGCUGGUGAGGGCAGAGACUGUGGAGAAGAGGUGGAGGAGGAGGUGGAGGAGGAGGAGGAGGAGGAAGAGGGAAGCGGCGAGAGGAGAAGGGGAGGUAUGCCGCGCGUGAUCGCUCAGUUGAUUGCAGCAGGAGCAGCAGGAGGAGCAGCAGGAGGAGCAGGGUCCGCAGGGUCAACGGCGGUGCUGAGUGCGCUGGGGGGGCUUCUGGCCUACCUCCGCGCGUGCCUACUGGAAUCCAGACUCCUCGCCCUGCGCCGCUUCUCCUUCCUCCCUGCCGCCCUGCCCCCGGGCUGUGGCAGGAAAACCAACGCUGCCACGGCCGGCAAGGGGCGUGCUCAGAUGUGGGGGCAGAGGAGCGAUCCCAUGCAGGUGGAGGGGCAAGAAGUGGAGGAGGCGGAAGGGGAGUGGGAGGAAGAUGAGCAGGAGGAGGAGGAGGAGGAGGAGCCAGAAGAGGAGCCGUUUAUGGUUCUAGACAGCUGUGCACUGGAGAAUCUGGAGAUUCUUGAGAACAGCCGCGACGGCACGAGCUCCGGCUCUCUCUUUGCGCUCCUGGAUCGCACCGUCACGCCGUUUGGGCGGCGCCUGCUGCGGCAGUGGCUCGUGCGCCCGCUGCUGAGAGCAGAGGCGAUCAGAGAGAGGCAAAGGGCGGUGGGGGAUCUGAUGGGCGUGGGCGCGGAGGCUGCGGGGAAGGCCGUGAAGGCGCUGGGGGGAGUGGCGGAUUUGGACCGCCUGCUGCCCAGGAUACACUCGCACUGGGCAAAAGCCUUCCCAGCAGCAGCAGAAGCAAAAGCAGGCAAGCACCACCAACACCAGCAGCAGCAGCAGCAGAUGGGUCGCAACGCGAGUCAAGUGGUGCUAUACGAGAACGUGGCCCUGGCACGCGUGCGAGAGUUCACCUCCGCCCUGCGCGGCUGUCAGGCUCUCCUUGCUGCUGCACAAGCCUUCGCCCCGCUGCUUCCUCGCCUCUCCAGCUCCCUGCUGCGCAACCUGCUCUCUCCUGCUGCUCCAGGAGGAGGAGAAGGAGGAGGAAGGGGAGGAGGAGGAGGGGCAGGACGGGGAGGAGGCAAGGAGGGGGGCGCAAGAGGAGUUGGAAAAGGGACGUUUCCCCCGAUAGAGUCACGAUUGCGUGCGUUUGAGCGGGCGUUUGACUGGGCGCAGGCAGACGCGUGUGGGCGCAUCCUGCCAUCGUCGCCGGGAGUGGAUGCGGCGUAUGACAGCGCUGCAGUGCGAGUGAAGGCUGUGGAGGCGGAGCUGCAGCAGCACCGGGAGGAGCAGCGCCACGUGCUGCGCGCUCCACCCACCGUGCGUGUGCUGCUCUCUGGGUUGUGGGCUGGGUUGAUUCAGGUGCCCCUAGCGUACGUGACAGUGGGCAAGGACCCGUUUCAGCUGGAGGUGCCAGACUCGCUGCUCAGCCGUGUGCCACCCUCCUACGAGCUCAAGUCACAGAAGAAGGGCAUGCGGCGGUUCUGGACCCCCUUCAUCCGGUCUGCUCUUCAACGCCUGGCAGAAGCCAAGGAGGAGGAGGAGGCAGCUUUAAAGGGCAUCUACCAGCUCCUCCUGGGCCGCUUCUGCGCGUCCCUCCCGCUCUGGCUGCACUUCCCUCCCGCUCUCUCCCACUCACCUACUCACUCUCUCACUCACUCACUUUCCCUCCUCAUCUCCACCCACUUCCACGCCCCCCUCCCUUCACGCCAGGGCGUGCGGCGGUUCUGGACGCCCUUCAUUCGCUCAGCCCUGCAGCGGCUAUCAGAAGCCAAGGAGGAGGAGGAGGCAGCUUUAAAGGGCAUCUACCAGCGCCUUCUGGGCCGCUUCUGCGCGUCCCUCCCACUCUGGCUGCGCGCCGUGCAUGCCAUCGCCCAGCUAGACGCCCUUCUCUCCCUCGCUGCUUUCUCCCGUGCCGGAGCCCCCCCCAUGUGCCGCCCGCACGUGGGGUUUGACGUGGGCCGGGGCGAGGAGAGGGAGGCGGAGGGACGUGGCCGUGGAAACAGGGAGUGGGGGUUGGGGAAAGUGCCGUAUUUCAGGGCGAAGGGGUUGCGGCAUGCUGUGCUGGCGACUAUGGGGUCUGGUGGCAGCUGCUUUGUUCCCAAUGACACUGUUCUAGGGGGAUGCGAUGCGGGGGGCAGCGGGGCGGGAGGAGGAGGGGGAGGUGGAGGGAGAGGAGGGGAAGAAGGGAAAGGGGGAGGGGCAGGGGGAGGGGGAGGGGGAGGGGGAAGGGGAGGGGAGGGGGCGCGGAUGAUGCUGCUGACAGGGCCGAACAUGGGGGGCAAGUCCACACUCAUUCGGCAGACAUGCCUCGCUGUCAUUCUGGCACAGCUAGGAGCGCACGUACCAGCAGAAUCCCUAUCCCUCUCCCCAGUGGACCGGGUGUUCGUGCGCAUGGGGGCGCGCGACCACAUCAUGGCAGCGCGAUCCACGUUCCUGGUGGAGCUGCAGGAGACCGCGGGCAUGCUGCGCUGCGCCACACGCCACUCCUUUGUGGCCCUCGACGAGCUGGGGAGAGGCACUGCCACUUCUGAUGGCCACGCCAUUGCGCAUGCGGUGUUUGAGCAUUUGCUGAACCGGGUGGGGUGUGUGGGAGUGUUCUCCACGCACUACCACGCCCUGGCACACGACUUCCAACACCACCCCGGGGUAUCCCUGCAGCACAUGGCAUGCCAGGUGCGCUCCUCGCCUCCCCACGAGGCCUCUGCCACCGCGGCUGCUCCCUUAGAGACAGGCUGCUCGCUGCUUCCUGCUCUUUCCUCCGACAUCCCUUCCCUACCAUUUCACUGCCCACCACCUCCUCCCUUUCUCCUUCUAUUCUCGUCUCUGUUAAACUACCUGCCAGUCCCAUUGUGCAUGCUCCUCUCCCUCCCUUUUUCCCCUUAUUUUCUCCCGCUUUGGUGGUUCCCUAUCGUUGGCUGUGCAGGCAUGCCAGAGUCGGUGCUGUGCUGUGCGGGCAGGAGAGCACAGCAGUUAGAGCAGGAAAGAGAAGCACACCGCAGGGAGAGACUUGCAGCAGCAGCUUUAGCAGAAGAAGAUGAAGCAGUAAAGGGUUCAGAGGGAAGUGCGCCUGUGGAGAUGGAAGGAAUGGCAGUGCAUGCAGUGCUCUCCCAGGUGCACCGACUGCUGCGGGAAGCAGGGGGAAAGCAGCAAGGCAUGGAUGAAAGUGCUGGAACGGCAGCAGGGAUGGCCGUCGAUUGUGAAACAGGAGGUGAUGUGUUGGCCAAAUUGAGGCUGCUGCAAGCACGGAUAGCUGAGAGGGAAGGAUGA